AUAGUCUUAGAGAAAUCUAUCUUAAUAGGAAGCUAAUGAAGAGAACCUGUUGCUAGUCCUUUGUUAGCCAUGCUACGACGAUAAUUGCAAAGUAACAGUUACGUUGUACGAUUUAAAAAAUUUUUGUGUGGCUCGAUAAUCUCGAAUCGAAGAAAUUCCUCGACCUAUUAAUUAUUUCUCUUCAAACAGGUACAAUUCUGUUUACAACUAACUUUUUGUCUUUUAUUUCCACAUGAUAUAAGAUGGAAAUAUCUCCUAGAAAACCAUUGAAACGUACGCAAGAACCUAUUGAUGAAUGGUUACAAAAUGAAGGAUAUUUCAGGAAACAUGCACCUAGAGAUCCAACUUGCUUGUUCAGAGCAGUUAGCGAACAAGUUUACUUGACACAACACUAUCAUAUAAGAGUAAGAAAAGAAUGUGUGGAGUUCAUGAGAAAAACAAAACAUUUAUUUUCGGAGGGUAUAUCGAUUCCAUUUGAAGAUUAUUUAGAACAAAUGAUAUGUUUUACGGAAUGGGGUGGCAUGACUGAAAUCCAAGCUAUGUCAUUACUUUAUAAAAGAGAAUUCAUUAUAUUUAGUAGUCAAAAGCAAGCGAAUCAUAAUGUUACAAAUAAUGGUUUUAAGGAUAUAAUAUAUUUAUGCCAUACACCACAAAAACAGUAUGAAAGUAUUUAUACAAAGGACUUUGUUGCAAACGCUGCUUUUUGUCAAUCUAUUGUCUAUCAAGUGUUAUAUAAAGAUGUUUUUCAAAUGGCCAAUAUAGAGGGUACUGUUCAUAAAAUGUUACAUGAUAGAACAGCUACAUUUAGACAUGAUAAGUUUUUCCUUAAAGGCAAUCUAGAGAUCCGAGACCAAUUAGCUGCAGAGAUAUAUAAUAAAAUUGACAAUGGAACUGAUGAGGUUGAUGAUGCACGGGCCAUAAUAAAAAAUAUACCACCUUUUCCUUAUAGAAUUGCUAAAGCUCUUGAUCCCAAUAUCUAUCGUAAUACUGACUUUGAUAUAUGGCAUGAAAUUAGAAGAGAAGUGAAAAAUGCAGGAUGGACUAGGCACAAUAGUCAUGAACUCCAAAUUGGUGGCAAAUGUUUGGUACAAGUGGACUUUAAUGAGGAAGAUUUUGACAAAACCAAUAAUAAUAGCAUUUAUGUGUCUUCUCUUGGAAAGGAUGUUAAUGAUAAUGAUACAAAAAUAUUGCAAAAGAAAAGCAGUGAUCCCAUAUUUUACUAUGGACAUAUUCAAGAAAUGGGUAAAAGUCAGGGACCUGUAUUAGUCUUUAUUGAAGAGUUAGGAGAAAAAAGGAUUGUGCCAUAUUCAGCUCUUAAACCAUUACCCCUAAAGAAAAAUAAACAGGCCAAUUGGCUACCAGUCUGCAAAAAGAAUCUACUCUUAGAUUCAAAUCAAAAAUGGAGAAAAGCAUGCAGUGCAUCAUCGCGUAAAACUAAAGACUCUAAUAUGAACAUUUUAUCAAAUAAUAUUGAUAAAAAUGAAAAUAAUGAUAAUAUUGUCAGUGAUAUUAAUGAGAAUAAUUUUCAGUGGAAGGAAGGAUCACUAAAAGUGGAUCAUCAAGAAUAUGAGAAUUAUUCAAUGGAUAAGUGUGCUAAUUAUUCAAUUGAUAAUUCUGUUGAAAUGUUUCCUACAAAAAUGGUUCUGGAUAACACUCAGUCUUCUACAAUAGAUAUCGGAAGGCAAGAAAAUAAUAAAGAACGUAAAGAAAAAGAUUCAUUCUCGCAUAAAAACUCUGAAAGUAAUUGUAUAAGAAAUUCAAAAUCUGAUAGUGCAACGAAUAAUGAUAAUAAUGUCAGUUUUAACUCGUAUUCUAAACAAAAGAUGCAGAAAGAUAUAUAUUACACACCAUAUGCUGGAGAUUCUAAUGCUCAAAUAGAUCAUAUGCUACGUUCUAUUAAUUGUUCUGUACAAAAAAGUAUUGAUGUAAAUGGUAGUGAUUUGCCGCUAUCAGAUCCAUUCACAUUGAGAUUUUUUUACAAUUUAGGAUUAGAGUAUUUUCGUGGCGGUGCUAAUUGGAAUUAUUUAACAAAUGUACAGUCGCCUGAUUUUGGACAGUGGUAUCAAGGUGCAUCUCCGAAUGAAGAAGAAAUUACAAAUAUCACGAAUAUGAUCCAAGAUUGUACACUUACGCAACAAAAGAAAGAGCCUAACAAUGAUCAGAAAGAAAUUGGCACUCAAUCACUGUACCAAGAAAACGAAAAUAGAUACGUAAAUGAUAUCAAAAAUACACAGAUUCAGAAGACUGAAGUUCAAAGAGGAAAUGAUGCGAAAGAAACAUCGUAUUCGUCUCGCGAUAAUAAAUUAGAAUAUGCAAAUAAGGAAUCUUCUCGUUUAAAUAGAAAUGGAUUAGGUCCACGAUAUAAGAAAAAUUCAGAGAAUCGACAUCGAUCUGCUUCGCAUUUUUCUAAUCAGUAUUCAAGCAACGGAUCAAAUUCUAAACUUUCCAAAUUGGAUAGAGAUGCAAAAGAAGAUAGUAUGAAUGUUCAACCUUCACAAUCAAUACAUCAGCAGCUACACACUCCUGCAAAUGCAAUGAAUACUUAUCAAGCUUCUUACAUGCAACAAGGCAUGUAUUCCGGACUGCCGUAUUAUGGCAAUGAAGCGGAAGCAUUCGCAAAUCCUUACUAUUCCCUUAAUCCAAGUUUUAUACCAAUCCCGUGCUUAUCACAUUCUGAUAUACAUGACAACAACAAUGUGCAGCCGUUCUCGCCGCAUCUGUGUCCUGGAAUAGAUUACGCACAAGCUUAUUCUGGCCUAUGUCCGCCGUACUUAUGCCCUCCGCCAACCCCAUAUAAUAUACCUCCACAAAAUAUACCUGAACACUGGUAUGCUGUUGCUGGUCAACCACAUUAUAUGCAAUAUGCACCAGUUUUAUCUGUACCAGCGGAAACAACUUGCUCCGGGGUAGUACAAAAUGCUAAUCAAAACGUUCCUUCUUAAAAGUAUUUUGCAGUUACUACAUAUAUCAUACAACUAGGUUUUCCUUAACCAGUGUUCUUGCAUAUGAAACGAUUCGUCAGAUUCUGUGAAGGUAUAUAUGUAAAAAAGUUCUUAUUAUUUCUAUAUAACUUAUAGUUUUAUGUAGUUCUAAAUUAAGCUAGGAUUAAACGCGAAGAUAAGACAUAACUGCAUAAUCUUAAUAAGUCAUUGUUAACUGUAUGAUCAAUAUCAUUAACACAUUUAGGUACAUAAAGAUAUAUUAUAAAAAGAGUUUUACGAACUAUUAAGAAAUAUAGUACGUAUAUAGUAUUACAAAUUACACUACAAGUUUAAUUUCGAUGUAGCUUUCGUGAUAGAUUAUAUCAUUAAAGAAUGAUAGUAUAAAUUAUUUAUCUUCGAUAUUGGUAGUUGCAAUACCUGUAUAAUAACAUUCAUUAUAUUCUUCAUUUGGUAUAGCCUUGUUACGGUACAUAAGCCGCUCAAAUAACAGUUUCUGAAAUUUUAUGCAGGUGACGUUCUAGUUCAUUAAUAUAUUUGGCCGUUCAUA